AUGAAAGCCGCCGUGAAAGACAGGGUAAGUACAACGACGGCGCAACGAGUGAAGCGGAAACAAGCUAAUGCGGAUGAACGAUUGAUGACACAAGAGUGCCAGGAACCAAAUGGAAGCCACAGCACGCCAGACAGAAGCUUCUCAUGCAGACAAGAGUCAACCUCUUGCAUUGACCCCGGCAGCCGCCCACAACAUACUUUCACUCAUGAAACGCACUUUUUUGCUCGGUUGAUGGCCGUGAUGCCGGCGCCGGGCCUUGGCCCAGCGCAACUCGUUGUUCGCCUCUCGAUCUGUGUCCGUAGGUGA